AUGAAAAAAUAAUUUCGCAUUGCGUCAAAGUAUCUUAUCGAGAGAUCUCACUUUUUCUCAAAGUCUUAGCUAGUCCUCUCUCUUCAGGAAAACUACCUGCAAAUGCAGCCUCUAAGCAGUGACAGAGAGGAAAAAGAUGGAGGGGUUACAAGAAUAGACUGGGAACUUAUCAUCUAAGUUCAGGCAUCAGAAAGAAACCCUAAAGAAUUUACAAUUUCAGCGGUACCAGAGAAUAAGAAAAAGCAGCAGACUAUAAAUAAGGCAAAUGCUUAGUAGUAAGUGUUCAGCUGUAAGGAUAGAAACCGCCUCUUGACUGAAAUAAUACACAAGUUGCAUAUUUACAACUAGGAAAAGCCUUACCUGGUUGACAAAGCUUACCAUCAAAAUGAUAUCUAUAAAGAGGGUAAACUAUAAAUGGUGCAACUAAAAAUACAUCCAUCUGUUAUCUAAGUAAUCAUUAAGCAAUCAGAGAAUAGAAAGAGACUGGGAGGUAAACUAGCUGCUAGUUCAACUUUUAGAGGUAACAUCGUUAAAAAGGACACAUCUAAGAACACUAACGAAGAGACUAAAAGGAAUUAAAGUGAGCAAGAGGAGAGCGAGCUGGAAUUUGAAGAUAAUGGUUCUGGAGCUGAAAUGUUCUAAAAUCAAGACUAUGAAGAGGACGAGGAACUAUCUGGCUAUGAAAGUGAAAGCAAUUAAGGAAUAAUGCUGACACCUUACAAAGGAAGCAUGAUUGGUGGAACAAUUUUAGGUGAAGAAUCUGCUGUCCCAGUUAAUGAAUAAAUUCAAGGACAAGCAGUGAGAUCUCACUUUAUAUAUCUUUGUGAAAUCGACAGAAUAAUAAUCAAUCAACAAUAAUUGAUCAUCGUCAAGAAGAACUAGGAGAUAGAUAAAUUUAUCUUUAGAUCUGAUGAAAAGGCGCUAGAAUUCUUGAUCCAAAUAAAGAAGAACUACAAAGAUACAUACAAGACUCAGUUGACUACUAUCAACAAGACCUCACAAGACCAGAAUAAAAUCUUCAAUGAUUUGGAAUUCCUGGUUAGAGAAAGCAAGCCCUGUUACUCUUAGAAUGUAAAAGUCUUUACAUGGGACGGGAUAGUCUCAGGUGUAUAGAUUGAUCUUGAUGAGAAAAACAUCUAUGAAGUUGAUCAAAAACGCAAUGAAGUAAGGAAGAAGUGCCAGCUGAAGGAUCUUGAAAUGAUCAGAGUUAUCGAUAAAAAUGACAUAUAUAAUCUCGUGCUUAUGUUCAAAAAGGAGAUCGAAAUGGUUCUUCUGGUCCCUAGUAUUUAGGAAAGAGAGAAACUGAUAUCUUGCAUUAUGACUUUGAGAAACUUUGUGAUUCCCCAGUAUGGAUAUAUUGACUAGCUGAAAAUACUUGUCAAUUCCUAGUUAGAUUUUACUUAGAAGAUUCUAGGGCUUGACUCUCUUGAUAAUCAGCAAUUUAUUUAAGACUACGAGGGCUUGCUGUUCAGAAAGAUCACAGAAAACAUUAGCUACAAGGAUAAUAUGAAGAUUAACAACUUGAUAGAAGAAGCACUUUUGAACGCCUCUUUCUGCAAUGUCACUAAAAUUGAAUAGAAAAACAUCAAAAUUGUGUUUAAGGAGAUAGUCCACCAUCUUGAACAGUAUUUGCAAUUUGAGGCUAAUGAAUAAGAAAUAGUGGAGAAUUACUUAAAGAAAAAUGCUGAUGAUCAUGUGAUUGAUUAUGCUACAUUCAAGAAAUCAAAUCUAUUUUAGAAGAGCUAAACUAUUAGGACCCAGCAGAACCCACUAAUUCUAUCAGCCAUGAUUUCAGACUAGAAUGAAAAACAGCAAAACAAUAUUUACAAUGAGGAUGGCAUAGAGCGAAUCAAAUAGUAUGAAAUCCUUUAAGAAAGGACAUCUAAAUAUCUUAAUAUCUUGAAUCUGAUUCUAAAGUCUAAAGCAGUCUUCUGUGAAAUAUCAGACAACGAUGAGAUAAUUCCAUAGCUCAUUAAGCUAUUAGUCAGUAAAAAUCCAUUCGUGACUCUUUAGUCAUCAUAGGUCCUUCGAUCUCUGAUUGAAUACUUUUCAGGCACUGAAACUAAAUUCGAAAUUAUUAAUAAAAAGCUAUUGAUUAGAGGUAGAUAAGCAAAUCCAUAAUAAACUCAAGGUCAAGUAUCAGUAAACCAAGAUCUCAAUCUUGGAACUCAAGCGAAUGACUCUAGUGAUAGUAUGUUUUUCCUCUAAGCUUUCAAAGAAUUUAUGCAAUACUUUGAUUACUUAAAUGAUAGUGCAAAGCAAGUCAAGACUAUUCAUUUAUUUGGACUUUAAAAUAUAAUGAGAUCAAUACUAAUCUAGAGGAGAUCAUCUACCUCUAAAGAAGAAAUCAAGGUAUUUGCUGACUUAUUAUUUGAAGAUGACAUAAUUUAUACAAAAUUGUAAGAAGAAAUAAUAAAAAAUUAGGGAAAUCAGCCAUAAUAAGUUGUAACAAGAGAUCCAAAAUCAAUAUUCAAUAACGAUCCUUUAAAAAAUAAACCAUUUUUCCAUCUUUUUGACAGACUAAGUCUACUAGGUGAUAAGCACUUUGAUGUUUUAUAUUUCUGCACUCUAAUUUUCGAUCAAUCAUUGAAUUACUACAAGAGAUGUGAACCUGAAAGGCUAUUAGAAAAUCAGCAAUAUAUAUUAACCUAUAGCGUCUAAUUUGUAUGGCAUUUAUAUUUGUAAAGUGAAGGCAUACUAUCAGAACAAAGAAGAGCCUCGAUACAUAAUCUUUCCAAAAUUCUCUAUUAGAACAAAGAUAGUAUCUAGCUACUUUUAAGAUGUAUACCCAAGACUUUAGUGGAUAAGGUGGAGACUCAUUUGGAUUUAACUAUAUCAUUAUCUUGGGGAGAUACUGAAUGGGAAGAUUUUUUCAUUAAGAUAACCUCCAAAAACUAUGAUUCAGCUACUGAGUUAUGGAAUGAUGAGACAAGAUAAGAAUUGAAAGUUAGACUGCUUAAAGAGCUGAAGGAUUUUGAAGAGGCUCAUGUACUACAUAAACAAGUAAUAAACGAUGAUUCAGGCAAAAUAUUGGUGCUCCCUAAUCAUGAAUUCAAUAAACUAAAAAAGGUUAUCUCAAGAUCCACUAAUCUCAAAUGGAACUAUAUGGAAUUUGGAGUCAAGUACGACUGCCUCACAACAAAAUAUCUAGUCUGGAAGUAUUACUUAACUAAACUUUUAAAAGACAAGGAUUUAUUAGAAACCUAAAGACCUGACUUUACUGAAACAAUAGAUAAACCAAUACAUUUCUGGCAAGAGCUUAAAAUAAAAUUCAUGUCUAGUUUUGACCAAUAGGAGUAGAUAAUCAUUUUAAAGACGAUGUGUGUAUUAUACAACAAGCAUUUUGAACAGCUGAAAGACUUAAAAUCACUUCCUUACUUUUUGAAAUUAUUUGAUUAGCAGUAAUACGAGCAUUGUCAUUUCAUUCUAGUUCAGCUUAUUCAUGUAUCACUUUCAGUAAAUAGAGACUAUUCAAUCAUAAAUAUGAGAAAGUUUAUAAAAUCAGGUGGGCUUCACACUCUAAUGAGAUAGAUGAAACUAGUAUUUAAGGAAUUAUUAAGACCUGAUAGAAUUAAACCAGCAGAGAGUAAUCCUUAACUGCUAGUAUUAAGUACUUUUUCAAGAGAUUAAUACGAAAGAAUUCUUCAUGGAGAAGGUCUUCUUUUGGAAAAGACAAAUUAUACUAACUCCAAAACUAAUUCGAGGUAUUUUAAGAGAAAUUCUGAAUUUGUGUGCACAGGUAUACUCUGCCUUAAAAUAUUAGAUCUCAUCUUUAGAGAGAUGUAUGCUAUUGACUAUGUUCCUCUUCCAGCAAAUCGAGAAUUCUUAUUAAGACCAUAAUCUUUAGCAAUACUAUCAUAAUCUUUGAUGGUUGAGAACAUUGACUUGUCAAGAGAAGUGACUAUAUUUAUUGAAACACAUAUGAAUAAUCACUUUUCGUAUUUCAAAUUAAAAAACUCUGGAAUGAUUGAAUACUUGAUCUUAGCCCUGGCUACUAAAAAUGGAGAUAGAUCUCUUGAGAUCCUUUAGAAAUUUUAGGAAGUUAGUUUUGAUUACAACAGUCACUUGAAAAUAGGGCUAUUCAAUUCCAAUGACUUGUAAAUGCUUCAAGAUGACAGGGAAAAGAUAUUUAAAAAUUAAUAGAGUGAAAUUGAGAAAAGCAAUGGAGAUUAAAACCCUGAUAUUGUUAUCGGAGAAGCUAAAAAGGUCACUAUUUUAGCAGAAUCAAUAUUUCUUAGAUUCCUACCCAUUCCUUUCAUCAAAUUUUUAUAUGAAGAAGGCCAGGAGAAAUUCCUUUAAAUCUAUAAGAUGAACAACUAUGAGUCUCCAAUCUUAAUUUGGAAUAGCAAACUAAGAAGUAUUCUCGAAUAAAGCAUUAUUGAUCACUCAUCAGAUUUUAUCUAGUAACUCAAAGAGUUCUCAGAUCAGCCAGCUUAAGACUUGAAAAAAUCAGAAUAUAUGCCAACAUAUAACAAAAAGUUCAAGAAUAUUGUUAAGUAUCCAGAUAUUGAGAAUGAAGUAAGAUGCGGCAGAUAUUACCUUAGAGUCUGGGUAAAUUAGAAAAAGAAGGACCUCAAUUUCUUUGACAUUCCACAAAAUGAAGAAGAAGAGUUCCACAAAAAUCUAUAGAUUGAGCUAAGGCAUUGCAUCUAUGAGGAAAACUUUGGUGAUCAGCAAAAAAUCAUAAUUCUAUUCAAGGCUUGUCUCCAAACUUUGCACAGAUUCAAAAACAAAAGAACUUUCUCAUUAGAUGAAAUCAAGAGAAUUUUAAUUGAUACAUGCAAGAAUCAACCAGUUUAUAAUGACACAGUGAAGUAAAUGAUUUAUAUUGGAAUCAAGAUUAUUUAUCAAGUUGUAAGAAGAGAGAGCCAAUAGUUCAUCUAAAACUCGGUCAAGUCUAAUGCUGAUUCCUUAAAAGAAGCCCUGACCAAGAUUGGAGUUGAAAUUAUAGGUGAGAUAUUCACUCUGAUUCUGAAGAACUCAUUCAAUACAUAAUUCCAAUCAAUUGGUAGCUCUAAAUACAUAGAGGAUACUGAAUAACUUGCAUUAAUUAAUACAGUUUCAUCCUCAAGUGACGAUAAAACUAAUAUAAAACUAGAUAGAAUUGAGGCCAAAACUUUAUCUCUAUGCAUUCAAUCCUUUAAUAUAAUCUUGAAUACUGAUAUUUUGGCUUUUGUUGAUUUCCCAUUAGUAAGCAGAAUUAAUUUGUUUAGGUAAAUAUCUAGACUUCUAGAUGCUUCAUUCACACUCUUACCUUUAUUCAAAGAUAAGUUGCUCUCUAACCAAGUUCACAUUCAUGACUCUAGAACAUUUAGUAGUUUUACUGGGAUUCAGCAACAAUCACCUAAAGGAAAAAAUAACAGAAAUAGUAAAUCUAAGAGAAGCAGAAGUAAAAAGAGUAAGAAGCAAAAGAGGGCAUAAUAAAAUUAGCCUUAAUCAAAUCCACAUUAAUCAUGGCAGAUGGUGAAUAUUACAAACAAUAAUCAAUCAUAAUACAAUCCUCAUUUAGGAUAAAUGCUUGCUAAGCCAACUCAAAAUCAACUUAUAAUGGAGUUAGAUAAGUAUAACUUUAAGAAGGAGAGGGAAUUGAAAGAUAGGAAAAAGAUUCACAAAAAAGAUCCAAAUAUGAACUAUAAUCAGCAGAGUCUUCUUCAAAUCAUUCAUAAUUAUAUGGACAAGCACUCUAUUGAACUGAUCUUUGAUAUGACAAGAUCUAUAUUUGAACUGACAAGAGAAAUUACAAAGAAUCCUGUACUUCAUCCUGAAUUGAUAGCAUCUGGAAUGGCCUGGAAAGCAUUGAAGUACAUUUAUCUUCAACUUAAAGAGCAGACCAAUGAAUUUUCAGAUCUAAGAGCAUCUCUCAGAGAAGCAACUGCAACCUUGAAAAACUUGAUUUCAUUUGCCCAUCAGUUAGCGAACUUAGGAGCAGAGUCAUUCGUUUUCAAGAAUCUAACUAAAGAGACUGAGAAAGAAAUCAUGAAAAACUUCUUGAAAUGUAUAAAGAGUAUUUUUGGAUCUAAAAUUUAAGAGACCUUAAUUUCAUCAUUCAUCAUAACUAAUAAUGAACUUCACUUUGAAAAAUAUGACUCUCGUAAAUUUUUGCAGCAAUUCUCAGUAAGAGAGGAAAACUCUCCAGAGUUAGUCUGGAAUGAUGAAACAAGGAAGGAGCUAUUAGAUGCUCUUGAUAAGCAGAUUUCAAAUCUAAAUACCUCAUUCUACUCUGAAUUGAUUGACUUUGAGUACAGUGUUAACAAAAGAGAGCUAAGAGUUGAGGAUAUAUUUGUCAGACAUUACAAUAAUCAAUCAUCGUACAGACUGCAAGAUAUUGAUAAUUUCGCUUCAAAGCUUAUUGAAAAGCUUAGAGAAAUUACAGAAUUCAAGUAUGUUGCUGAUUUUGAAAAUGAACAAUAUUAAAACUGUAUCGAGUUGCUUAAAGCCAUCAAGAUUAUUAUCAUUAAUGAAAAUCUCAUUAUAACAGAGCUUGAGAAGUUUGAAGACUAUCUUUAAACAUUCUGCAAUUUAAUCCAAAUUAAGCCUGAUGCGGAUAAUAACUAUAACCCAUCACAAGAAGAGAUAGAUAUGAUUAAAGGGGUAAGUGUAUUGAUACUUGAGAUCAUUUUACAUAUAAGCAAGACAGGAGGCCAGCAUUUUGACUAUCUAAAAAAUAAUAAUGAUUUUAUUAGAUUGCUUAUCAGAGCUCUCUAUCAAAAGGAGAAUGACAUUAUAGAUUCUUAAACAAUUAUCUCUAUUUUGCAAAAUAUGAUAUUAUCUAGGCAAUCUGAUAUCCAUUAAUUCCUUAUUGCCACUGGACUAAUUAUGUUCAUCUUAAAUCAAAUUUUUGAAAAGAAAACCUAGAAUACAAAUAAAAAGGACAGAGUUGAGCUUAUCAAACUUAUACUUUAAUCUUACAAUCAUACAUCUGGAGUUUAUGAAAGAUAUAUCCCUGCAUAUUUCUUUGUUGAGAUUCAAUAAAAGCAGCAACAUAAUGAUAUUGAUACAGAAAAGAUUAUUGAAUUCAUUAAGGAGCUUGAUGCCCCUGAGUUUGAGAAUGUUUUUAUAAUCUGGAAUUCAAAUCUCAAGUAAGAAAGUCAUUAAAGAAUUAAGAGAAACUGCGAAAAGAUAGUAAGAAGUUAUGAGGACAGUAAUUACUAAUUUUUACUUGAAACUGAGACAUUAGUGAAUCCUAAGCUUUAAAAUGAGAUAAUAGUGAAAGAUGUAAUUUUAAGAAUUUAUAAUAAGAAUCCAGCUGUUUUUAUUAAUACUAAGCUUAACACUUUUAUCUUGCAUUUGAGUUAAGACAUAUGGGUUGUAUCUUAGGAACUUUUCAAGAUAAGUUAAGGUUAGCUUAGUAAAGAUGAGCCUGAUGAUCCAUUUGGAAGAGAGCCUCAAAUAAACAUUAAUAACAGUUAAAAACUCAAAGCUCUUUGCAAUAAAUCUUUAAUACUCCUCACAUCAUUACUUCUGAGUCUUGAGUAGCUUCUACUUAAUGACUAUAACUCCAAUAGACUUAUGGCAAAUAAAAGAGAGGAUAAAAACGCUGAAACUAAAUUUUAUAAGUAGAUCAUUGAAAAAACUACUGAUUAAACACAACUUGAUGACAAAGUUUACAAAAUCAUAAGUUAUUGGCUUCAAACUUAGGUGUUUUUGAGUAGACAUAUCCCAGUUGAAAUAAGGAUUACCUUUUUCUAGAUCAUUUUCUUAAUUAUCGAUGUCUCAGAUGCAGUGAAAGUUUUCAAAGACAACUAGACAUUGAUGCAAUUCAUCACAGACUCCAUAAGUAGUAUUUCAACAGAUAAAUUCUCAAAGACAAUUGAGGAAGCCCUUAUUUUAUUGAUUACCUAAAAAAUGCUAAGAAAAGACUCUGAGCCAACACCAGUGCUAUUAACAAAUAGCAUGCCUAAAUUAUUCAAAAUCUAUGACAGAAAGAAGAAGCUCAAGAAACUUGUAGAAUUCAUACUUGCUCUUAUGGCUAGUGAUCAGUAAUAUAAGCAAUCAGUUGUAGAGUAUAUCAAGAAGAAUCAAGCUAUUGCAAAAAUUGAUACCAAACUAAUUUUCGAAGGUAGACAUGAAAACACAGAACACACAGAAGCAAUUAUGAGAAUCUGGAGAGGGAAACCAGCCUCUUCAAAUGAUUCAAAGAGAUACUAUGACAUCACUGAAUGCUUCCACAUUGAGGAUAAAGUGGAUGAGACCAACAUUCCUAAAAUGAAACUUCCAAUGAUCAGCAAAAAGAGUGUCAAGUAAUUCUAAAAAGAAGAGCUCUUCUUUGAAGAGGAGAAAAAAGCACCAGAACCACUAAGUGCAAGAAAUGCAAGAGGAAACAGCAUAGAUCUUCCAUUCUCAAGUGUUAAGGAAAGUAAACUCGGAUACUAACCAUUUUUGGAUGAUAUUCAAAUCGGUGGGAAUGAUUUGGAAGCAAUCGAGAAGUAGGAUGAAUAUAGUUCAGAUGAGGAUGAUGCUAAUCAACAUUUAUAAUGA